AUGUUAACUAAAAAGUGUAGAUUAAGAAGAUUACUAAUAAGGUAUAAAUCUCUUUUAGCUACUAAGCCUAUAUCUACUAAUGUCUUAAGUAUAGCUAGGCUAGCUACUACUAGUUCUAGUAAAAAGGAGGAAGCACUUAACGUUAAGGAACUAGAUAAUAUACUAAUAGAGGCUAGUGCGUUUAUUAAGGAUAACUAUAUAGUUAACCUAGCUAGUGCUACUGUUUUACCUAGUGGCGUAGGCUAUCUAGGUUACUAUAAAAGUAAAGUAGUUAUAGUAAAAAAGAGUAAAAAGAAAAAUUUUAUUAAUAUUAAUUUAGUUAAAGUACUUUAUUUAGGAGAGUAUAGCAUUAGGCUACUUCCUAAAGUAAAUAAGGUAGGUAGAGAGCCUAAAGAAGAAGGUUAUAUAAGAACUAAGUUUAUUAUAAUAAUUAAAAGAGAAGGUAUUAAGAGAGGUAGUAAAGAUAAUAUAGGAGGCAGAGGAGAUCUAGGAAAGCGUUAUAAUAAAAGAAUAUAUAAGGGAUAUAGGGUAAAAAGAGAAGAUAAAGACAAGGACAAGAAGAUUAAAGUAGGACAAAAUAUAAAGAAAGGAAGAGUAACACAAAGGGUAUUUAGUAAUAAGAAGUGUAAAUAA